AAGCCCCCUUUCCUUUCGCGUUUGGUGCGCCAUUGAAAGUUGGAGUAGACAAAAUCCUUCUUCCCAGGUCUGGUACGUGAUGACGUCCCUGACAGUCAAUGACACGGACGGCCUCGUGCCACGCCUUCAGGAGCAGUACAGGAACCUGAGAAUCGUCGGCGCGGAUGUCGAGAAGAUUUUCGAAGGCACUGGCCUGAAUGAUCUCUUCUCGUCCAGGAAGUGGGUCAUGAAUGCCAAAUGGCCGGCGGUGAAGCUGAGUGACCUCAUACGAGUGGCUCUCUUGUGGCGCUGGGGCGGCUUCUACACGGACACGGACACGGUCUGCAUCAAGGACGUGUCCCCGCUGCGCAACGUCAUAAGUUUUAGCAACAAUAGACGGAAUUUGAUCAGCAACGGAGCUUUUCAGUUCCAGCAUCAUCACAAGUUCCUCGAGCUUUUGAUGGAAGUGCAAACGAAGAGCUUUAAGAACCCUCAACAGCCCGCGUCCUGGGGAUCCCUCGGCCCUGAAGCCGUGAGCACCGUCGCCAAGAAGAUGUGCAACGUCAAGGACCUCAAGAAUUUAAACGGGAGCAGAGACGACGCCGUAGAGUGUGGGGACUUGACUCUGCUGCCGCCGAAGUACCUCCUGCCCCUGGACUGGACGCAGAACAAGAGGCUCUUCGCCAAGGGCUCCGGAGAAUACUUCUUUUCGAAAUUCAACUCUACCUUCGUGAUCCACAUGUUCAGCGCCGUCUCCCGCAACAAGAAAGCCCACAUCGGCGAGAACAGCAUUUACGAAAUCGCAGCGAAGACGUUUUGUCCUGUCACUUUCGAGCACGCGACAGCAGGGUCCGAUACCUUCUGAUAACUUAUUGUGAUCAAGAUGUCUUUUUUUUUAUUAUAUAUUUUUGUAAAGAAAUGGUACAUGUCUUCGUGCCUGUGCCUUAUGAUGCUUACAUGAAGAAAUGAGAGAUUUCAUGAUGGUUGUUGAUAAGACUGUAAGAUAUGAAAUAUUUAUUUAUUAUCAUAAAUCAUCUUCACACACACACACACACACACACACACACACACACACACACACACACACACACACACACACACACACACACACACACA